AUGCGAUGGGUAGAUAAUGUAUGUUUUCUCGAGAAGACCGGGGUAGUGCGAAUGGAUCAGUGCAAUCAAAUCACUGAGCGCCUUCCGGAUAUUCCCUCGAAACAAGCCGUAUCCCGUACGCCCCCCGGGCUUCUAUUGCAGCCGGAAUUCAUGGACACAACUUGCCGUCUGGCUGGUGAGGGUGCGUUCUGGCAUGGCAUGAUCAACCAGAGUGCCGACUCUAUGCGAGAUAGAUGUAUUGCAAGUGGCCGAAAAUGGAUCAACGGCCCAGAGUCAACUUUCGAGGGCGAGCCGGACACCCGAUUUUCCGACAAGGCAGAUUCGAAGCCGGUGGGAAAGUUGAUGCAGAAUUCCAUAUUUCAGGAACGAAUGCGAUCACUCCUCGGUGGCCGCCAAGAUCCUCCUGAAUCUGAACGUGAAGACCGCUCUUCAGAAAGACCUUUCUAUGUGUCAAGCCCAUUCUUUAGCCAAACGGGUGGCAUGAAGUAA